GACCGUCCCCUCGCACGAACCUCUUGUCUUUUCCUUCUCCCCAAACUCAUCUGAGAGAGAGAGAGAGGGGGAGAGGAACGGCGGCCAUGGCUGGACAGGUGAGUUGGACCGUCAUGAUGCAGGCCAUGCAAGCCAAGAAGACCCUCCGCCCCCAGCGCGACCGUCUCCUGCAGCUCCGGCGACAGAUGGAGCAGCUCAGCCCCGGCGACGACGACCACGCGUCCAAGAACAUGGAGCUCGCCGCCCACCUCUUCAACGUCUGCUACAGCGGCCUCGGGAUCGGCUCCCGCAUGCUCGCCAGCUGCAUGGAGCUGGCGGCCAAGGGCGGCGCCCGCCUCGCCAUCAACCGCGCCUUCGCCGCCAUGCCCGACGAGCAGCUCCACGACGCGCUCGUCGCGCAGCGGCUCCCGGCGCGCCCGACCACCCAGACCGAGGCCUUCUCCUGCGUCGAGGCGGCCUUCAACGCCGUCAAGGUCACCGAGGAGCACCACAUCCCGCGCUGCAUCGAGCACCUCGUCGGCCAGCGGCCUGUCCACAUGGUCCACGGCAAGAACGGGCUCGAGAACCCGUCCCCGGUCGCCGACACCCCCGUGGACCUGGACAAGGCGCGCGACUACCUCGACCGCGCCUGCACCCUCGCCGACCUCGCCGUCAAGCACAUCGACCUCGCCGUCGUCGUCCUCUCCAGCUUCAUGGACCCCAAGCAGGUCGCCAGCCUCUCCGAGAUCACCGACCAGCGCGCAUCCAUCUUACAGGGUGGAACUUAUCCAUCAGCCUGAGCGAUGAUUCACCGACGUGCUUCACCAGGUCGAGGACCUCAAGCGAUCGAUGAAGGGGGUGGGAUCCCUUGCACUGUUCAUCAAAGCUGUUUAAUUUACCUAUGAAUUCUGUUUUGCAACCGUAUAAUUUCAGAUCUGUUCGGUUAGAUUAAUCUCUGCUGCUAUCUACAGUAGCUAGCUAAUUCCUGGACGGCCGUGCCGUGGUUUCCGGUUUAUGUAACGUACGUGCAUCUAUCUCUGGCUCUCUGUGAGUGAUCGACUGUUUUAAUCUUGCUCUGUGAUGUCAUUUGCUCCUGUCCGUUGAUUUCUAUCGAUAGCACGAUUCUUAGUUUGGUAAAAUCAUUUUCUGCAUUGGUCUGAUUGUGAUCGACGAUGACAAUCAUGGAUGAUGAUAACCAGGAAA